GCUACACACGGAUGCACCAUAAUAGGCAGUAAUCGCGUGGAAUCUGAUCGCCUUGUUCUCUUCUCUUCUUCUUCUUCCUCCUCCUCUUCAUGGAGAAAUCGAAGCCAACCCUCCUCCUCCUCAUCCUCGUAGUCAUCUUCGAAGCCGCUCCCGUCGCCGUCUCUGCCGAGAAGUUCGUCGUCGGGGACAAGCAGCGCUGGGCGCCCAACGUCAACUACACCGCCUGGUCCGACAGCCACAGCUUCCAUGUCGGCGAUUGGCUCGUGUUCUACUACGAGAAGGGGAUGUACGACGUGAUGGAGGUGAACGCGACGGCGUACGAGGCGUGCGCGGCGGACGACCCCAUCGUUAACUGGAGCCGGGGCGACUCCUUCGCUUACCAGCUCAACCGCACCGGGCGUUACUACUUCAUCUGCAGCCGCGGCUACUGCUACGGCGGCAUGAAGGUGAGCAUCCUUGCGGAGACCAUCCCGCCGCUGGCGCCCUCCCCCCGGCCUCAGGAUGAUUCCGCCGCCGUCCCAAGCGCCCCCCGGCGUUUUUCCGCGUGGAUAGCCGCCGUCUCUGGUGCCGUGGCUUUGGCGCUCGUGCUCUGGUUUCCCUGACGAGCGCGUCGUCGUCUUCCCCGGGUGUAGGGUUGUGUUGAGGUGACCCCGAUGUCACGUUUAUUUCCAUGAAUGCCCUCAUGCACAAACUGGAAUUGCUAAUCCGGGAUUAAAUAAC